AUGCGCUUCUUCAGCUUCGUUCCUUUCCUCGUUCUGGCUCCUUUUGCCUUUGCGUCUCCAGCAGUCCAAGGUUCCCAAGCGGAGGCUGCUGCUCCCUUGGAUUUGACCAACAGGGCCGUUGAUCUCAGUGGCCUGCUCGGAACUCUCACUCAGGACCUUGGUGCCAUUACUUCGCUGCUGAAGCCAGCAACCUUCACGAACAUCGAAUCUGUUAUCACCCAUCUGGCGCUACUCCUCGAUGACAAGACCACCAACCAGACCAAGUCGCUGCUGAACACGGCCAGCACUCUCCUCGCUGGCCCUCUCCUCCCAUCGCUCACCAGCCUCAUUACACCCGACUUUAUCACUAAGAUCAGCGGACUUAUCAACAACGCAAACAACCUAUUGACUCCGACAUUCGUCAAGCAGACGACCGGGUUGAUCAACGAUGUUGCUCCUUUGAUCUCGGCCGUCGCUCAACUGAUAGGUGGUCUUCUCUCCGCUAUCCUUGGCGGAUAGAGUACGAACGAGCUGGUUUGUGG